CCCUGCGCUGUCUCUUACCGCUGUAACUUACGCAGAGAGGGGGCAUCCUGAUGCCGCCGCGCAAGGGGCUCCUGUGCAUUCUGGAGCUUCACAUCCGCACGAUCACAUGCCCAGGAGUUACUCUGAAACUCAAAGAUGACCUCUACAUCAGUGCCUGUGUGUUUGGACAAUAUAAAAAGACUUCACGGGUUCCUGCAAUAUUCCCCCUUUCAUUUGAUGAGAAACUAAUAUUUGAAAAGGUAUACACUGAUGUAGUUGACCCUGGAGACCUUGUUGAGCUGUUUGAAUUUGAAACAGCCGUGCUUGAAUUAAUACAGACUGCUCCUCCAGUGGGAGAAAUUUUGGCCACAUAUGAAGAAAAUACAAGAGAAUUCCUUUUCCCUGACCCUAAGUUUAUCCGUGGACCACAUGGUUCAGUUCGUGAAGUUUUAAUGAAAAGGACUUAUGGUUUUACAGGAAUUGCUCCAAGGUUGAAGUUUUACACAAGUUGUCUAAUUUCUGAAAGCCUGUUAGAUUCAGAAAAAACUCAAAGGCAGGAUAACUUGGAGUGGCUGCAUCAUUCAUCUCAAAAUGGAGUGCCUCAGACAAGGUUGCCCAAAAAGAACACUUCUUCACCUGAGAGAAACAAGCAAUGCUUAGCAAGCAGAAGCUAUGAGCAGCCCACAAUAGCCUCACUUUCUCGAUCUCCAUCUCCAUAUACAAAAAGACGAAUUUGUGAGCUUCUGCAAGUCAGACAACGCCUUGCCCAUUUAAACUUAGGCCCAUUUGAAUUCAGAAAAGAGACAGACAGACCUCCAUUUGUAAUUCGACGAAGUGAGGCUCUGACACCCUCGCCUGAUGUUCACAUUUGGUGUCGUCCUAGGGAGAAUAUUAAAGAAGCAUGGUCUGGGACCCUCUAUGAUCCUACUCUCCUUGGCAGUUACAGACCCAAGAAAGUUAAAAUUAUCAGGGCACAUCAUGGGAAAGACUUAGAUGGUUUUUCUGACAGUGCUGAUGAACACUUGUUCUCAUAUAUAGCUGGUAGGCAGUUUCAUUCACCUUGGCAUUCUGCACCCUCAUCAUUGCAAAAGUAUUCUUCAACUCCUGUAUUAAAUCGUUCAUCUCUCAGAGAAAGGUUUCAUUCUGGAUGGCUCACACCAAUUAAUGGAGAAGAGAUCCAUAACCGAGUGAAAAAUAUUUUAAGAACACACAGUGCACGGCAAAAACUAACAUUUGAUGAGAGUUGUUCGUCAAAAGAAGAUUCUGCUACGAUAAGAGACUCCAGGAAGACAAUGAAUUCCAACCACAAAGGAGACAUUUUGCAUAUAGACACUUCAAGCAGCAGUGAUCUUCACAGCAGCUCAUCUACGCGGCAGAGCAUCAUGGUUCAUCUAGAUAAUGGUGAAUAUUGGACCAAUCGAGCUGCUGAGUACAAAAACAAACCCCACAGAGCAGUCUUUGAAAACAGUCUGGAGAAAAUCUAUCAAAACAUGUACAGAAAAGCUUCUGGCAUGAUUUCAAAGAAUAAAUAAACUCCUGAUAAGGACACAGGUACAAGUGAACAAUAUACCAGAUCAGUAUUUUUAAUGAUUAUGAAUAUUUCAUUUUUGGGGACUUCCAGGAACAGGCUCUCUUAUAACAAGGGAUUGCUUUCAGUGGUGCUACAUUAGUAAGAAUGUUGUUAAAGAGUCAUGAUUUAUACAUGUAGAUGGUGUGGUGGGAGGAGCCAUGUUGUGAAAAACCAUGGGAUCUUGUAUGUAUAAAUGUGUGAAUUUAACCUUUAUGAAUACCAAUGAAUUGGAUAUCAGGGGCAGAGUUCUCUCCCAUUAUCAAAACAAAUGUCAUAUAUGGAGGUAAUAAAACCUACUGUAGGAGAAUAAAAAUUCCCUUAAGAUAUUGAGGUCCUAUGCAGGUUUCAAGUGUCAAGAGAGAGACCUUGAGAAUUCUAAUACUGUAAUAAUAUGCAGAAUUGUUGAGGAACAUUUGAAGCAGGAAAUAUUGCCAUUUUUAUAUAUUCUAUUGAACAUAAGAUGUUACAAGCUUGGCGUGGAGUUUCUGUCUGCUUUUUCUGAUUUUGCUAGACAUAAGCUAAUGUGUGGAAAUUUUGCCAGUUUUAAGUCUACCUUAGAAGUAGUGGACCACAUCUUUCUUCCUUUUCUACACCAUUUCUAAUAAUGAUUCCUCUAUUUGUAACUCCUUUAAACUAUUCAAACAGUAUAUUUAUUCCCCAUUCUUACUCUUCAACUUUCCUUGAUCUGUAUAGUUUCCAGUGUUUUUUUUCAGAUUGCAUCAGUGGUGUAUUGGUGAGUACAGAAAGCACAGAACUAGAGAAUAUCAGCUAGUGCAUCUACCAAAAUACCAGCAUUUUGAUUUUUUUUUAUUGCAAUCUGAUCAAAUUUGGAAUCUGUCUUUACAUGCCCAAGGGAGGUAUUGGCAGAACUGCAUUGGCAGAGCUGGCAUCUCUGUACUAAAGGCCACCAAAUGUUCACUAGCAGUUUUGAAACUUCCCUUGAGAAGAAACCUUUUCAGCCUUCCACUGAGCAUAUCUUGCAUUAAUAAACCAGGGCCGUCGUCACACGGGCAUCUCUUCCGUUAAAUUUACAGCAUAUAGCGUCCUACUUGUUAUCGGCACAGUAACGUUUCUUUGGGUCACCUAACGGCUCUUCGCGCCACCAGCUGUCCACACCAAAGCACUCUGUUCUGUUCUCUCUAACCGCGCAGAAGCAGCUCCUCCCCCUUUUUUAAAAUUAUUCUGGCGUUUAAUUUCGCUAUAACGGAAUAACAGCAUAUAAACAUUCCGUUAGAGCAAAACAUUACGACCCUUUUGUUUUUCCAACUUUGAAAUUAUAUAAAUAGCCCUUUGCCCACAGAAAACUCCCUGUCCGACGUGAUCCCCAUCGUUGAAGACUCUGCCAUGGCGAUUGAGUCAUUUUUACUUCAGCAGAAAGUUUGCAUUGUGUUAUGUCGUUAUGGCGUUAUAAGGACAUAAUAAAAUAAAAAAAGGGGGAGUCGCAGGAAGAAAUGGAUUCUGGGAUUGAAGGGAGGGCAUAGGACGUUGCGAGGCGAAAUACAUCGAUGUGAAGCAUUCACGCUGAGGCACAAAAUAGCACGACUAUCAAGCACCAAGCAGAAGAGAGAAAAUCGCUACAGUGUUGGAAUAAGGUGGGUGUUUGCCAGGAAAUAGCGCCAUUUUAGCGCUAAAUAAAAGCCCGUGUGACGACGGCCCAGGGCAGGCUGCCCACUCUCUUCAAGCAUUAAGAAAUGUGUAAAGGCAGAAGUGUCUGUCUCCUACUUCCUUUCAGAAUGGAAGAAACAAACACACUCCUCUAGGAGUAUUUCCUUUCUAAGAUCACAGAAACAAUAGAUUCACUAAGGUGGUUUCAGGUGUAUCCUUUACUCAGGGAGCUGGUAUACACCCUGGGGGAUAUGUAAUAUCUGUGUAACAUUACUGUCAGUCUGUCUCCAUUUCCUAUUGUUUUAUCUACCCA